CAGGGGGUGCCCAGGUAGUCCUGGGACCCCCGGCCAUGGGUGAGCGAGCCCACCACGGAGCCCAAGUAUGCUCUGGCACCAACCCCAGGAAGUGCCAGGACCUAGGAGACUCAAUCCUUCUGAUUCUGGGCAGCUUCAUCUUGCUCAACGUGGGGAUCAAUGUGGUGACUCUGCUCUGGAGGCACCUGAAGAGCUCCUUGCGGAUUCUUUUCCAUCAUUUUUUCCCCAAAGACAAGCAACCCAGCUGCACAGGUGGCCAUCCCAUGUGCACGCACUGCUCCAUGGACGCCAGGAACCUGUGCUCGAGAGUCUCCUCCCGCUUCCACCGGCGCCCGGGCUCCCCGGUCGGGUACCCUAACCACCUCAACUCCUGGAUACCAGACACGAAUGACGAGAUGGCUUCUGGGUGCUGCUGGAUGCCGCCUCAGUGUGGGCACGCCGGGGCUCCCAUGGACGCUCCCUGGGGACCGUGGAAGGAGGGGGUGAUGGGGGCUGGGGAGGCCCCUCAGGUCACAGCCUUGAAGGCCCGGGCCCGCUUCAACUCCAGGCACGAGGCACCUUCCCAGUUCCCCAGGAUGAGCAAGGUGGACAUGGUUCCCCUCCUCUUGCGCCACGAGAGCAAGACCAACACCCCAGACUAUGACCCAGCCCAUGCCCCGGCCCAGACCCAGACCCACUCCCCAGGCCACACCCCUGAGCACACCACCCCCCUGGCCCAGGCCCAGACCCAGAUGCAGACCUCGUCCCCAGCCCACACCCGUGAGCACAACACCCCCAAGGCCCAGGCCCAGGCCCAGACCCAGACCCAGACCCAGACCCAGGCCUCCCCCCGAGCCCACGCCCCUGAGCCCACCACCUGUCAGGCCCACAGCUCCUCCCUAGCCCACGCCCCUGAGCAUACCACCCCCCAGGCCCAGACCUGCUCCCCAGCUCACACCCUUGAGCAUAACCUGCCUCAGGCCCAGAUCCAUUCCCUAGCCCAAGCCCCAGAGUACAAACCCCUCCAGGCCCAUACCUGCUCUGCAGCCCUCACCCCUGAGCGCAUCACCCCCCAAGCCCAGACCUGCUCCCCAGCCCAUGCCACCGAGCACACCCCUGUCCUGGUCCAUGGCCCCAAGCCCACCUCAGUCCAGGCCCAUACCUACUCCCCAGGCUUCACCCCUGACCACACUCAGCACACCCCUGCCCAGGCCCAUGGCCCUGUGCACACCUCAGCCGGUCCCCUGGGUCACACCCCUGAGCACGUAAUAGCCCAUGCCCCAGCCUGCACUCUGGCCCAUGCUCAUCUAACUUAUACCCAUGUCCCUCACCCCCUGGUCCCUGCUCCCACCUCUGCCCCAGCGCCUCCCCUAACUUCUACCCCUGCCACUAUUCCUGCCCCAGCCCCUCCCCCAGCCCCUGUCCCAAUCUCUAGCCCAACCCCCGACCCAGCUCUGGUCAUGACCCUGACUACCCCUCCUGUCCCCACUCCUGUCUCUGUCACCACCCGUACCCCCAUCCUAACUCCUAUUCCCUCUACCCUGACUGCCUUCGGCCAAGGCCUCUCCACAGGCCACGUAGUCUACGAUGCCCGCAGGGUGAAACAGAAUGUGUGCCAUGUGUGUCCCCCCCUAAAGUUUGGAUAUUCCAGAAGGGACGUGGGCACCCUCCCCAGGCCCCAAGAGGGGCAGGGUCUGGGCAACUCUGCUACAGCUGAGCCAACAUCGAAGCAAUACAGUGGGGACUGUGUCAAACCACCCCCCACAGGCUCCGUGCUGGGCUACCUGGAGUUGGGGAAUGUGGAAUGGAAGAUCUCAAAUGAUGCCAAAGACAAGUUCUUACAGCCCAAGACCUUCCCUUAUUUCAGCUUCCAUCCCUGCAGUUCUGAGAGGAGAAACACAGACUCUCAGACUCCGGUCGACCCUAAAUUCCUGGUCUACUCCAAGGAUGCCACACCUUCUCAACCUUGCUUUCAUUCUCCAACCAGUGCCCAGAGCUCACUGAGGACCAUCCCUCCCCCAUGCACUCUUUCUCUGCCUCUUAUGUCUCCCAGAUCCUUUGUCCCUCAUCAACCCUCCAACCACCAGAAGCCCUCCACCUCAAUGCAACCCCCCACCUUUCCCCCAACCUCCAAGUCUUCUCACUCCACCCCCUCUUCCCAGUUCCCCAUCCCUCCACAGUUCUCUAAGACUUUCCAACCCCAACCCCCUGAGCUUCAGGAGAGUCUAGGCCUCAACCAAGAUUCUGGCCUCCAAAGGACUCCAAGCCCUUCAAAGGACUUGAGAGUUCCCAGGAACCCAGGCCUUACCCAAAAUCCAGGCCUCUGUAAGAACCCAGGCCUCGUUCAAGAUCGAGGCCUAAAGAAACCCCCAGGCCUUAUUCAAGACCCUUAUCUCUGCAAGAGUCCAAGCCCUUCCCAAGAUGCUGGACCUCACAAGAAUCUGGUCAUUACCCAAGAUUCUGGCCCCCAAAAGAGCCUAGGUCCUACUCAAAAUGCAGGUAUCUUUAGAAGCCCAUGUCUCGCCCAGCCUUGUGGCCUCCACAAGAACAUACCAUUUCUCCAAACUUCUGACGUUCAGAGGAGCUCAGGCUUUAUGCAAAACUCUGGAGCCUACAGGAAUCUAGAACAAAACCAAGAGACUAUACAUUGUAAAAGUCAAGAUCUCUCCCAAACUACUGGCCUCCAUAAUAGCCCAGGCCCUUCUCAAGAUUCUGGAAUUUACAAGAGUACAGGCAAUGCUCAUGAGGUGGGAGUCUCUAGGAGUCUAGGCCUUCCUCAAGAUUCUUGCCCACAGAAGAGCCUAUACCAAGACUCUGGAGUCAACAAGAGCCCAGGCUUGAUCCAAACCUCUGGUCUCCAUAAGGGCUCAGGCCUCACCCAAGACUCCGGAGACUACAAGAAUACAGGCCUUACGGAAGAUUCUGGAGUCAACAGGGACUUAGGCCUUACUCAAGAUUCCAGUCUCCAUAAGAAUCCAAGCCUUACACAAGCCACUGGAGUCAAAAGAGGUGGCUGUACACAAGACGAUGGAAUUUACGGGAGCCCGGAAUAUAUCCAAGACCCUAACUUCCACGAGUGCCCAGGAAUUAAUCAAGAUCCUGGCCCCAAUAAGGGCCCAGCCCUUACCCAAGACCAUGGCCUCCCCAAGACUCAAAGCCUCAUUGGGGAAUCCAGCCUCCACAAGGAUUCAUCCCUUAUCUCAAAUCCCAACCACCACAAGAACCCAGGCCUUGCUCUAAGUACCGACUCAGUCCAAGUCUUGGGCCUGCCUCAGACCCUAAAGUCAUCACUGUGCCUGAUGAAGUCAUGUGUAUCUGAGGAGGCUCCUCGGAAGGAAGAUGUGCAACAGCAACUACCAUGGACUUCUGUCCCACUUAGUCAGAACUCCAGCUCCUCCAAGCCCCAGGUGAUGAUCUGCAAUGACCUGCAAACCUUCUCAGAGGUCCCUUUGCUAAUUGAGCUGCAGCCAUCCCCCCGGCGAGCAGGCAGCCGCGACUGGGUGUACCGUCCCGUGGAUACAGUGCCUUCAGCCUACCAGAGCUAUCGCCAGAUGUCUAUGCCUCCCAAAAUCAACUGGAAGCCCUACUGCCCUGGGUCGGGCACCCGGGUAGGGCAUGUGGUCUUUGAUGCCCGCCAGAGACAGUUUGGGGUGGGCAGGGACAAGUGUGAAGCUCUGUCUCCCAGGCGCAGUCGCCAAGAGGCAUCCAGCAACCCCUGGAGGCCAAAAAGGAGUGGGGAUAUCAGUGUGUGAUGGGGACUUUGGAAAAAGAGGGGACAAAGGUGCAUCAGGAAUAAAGAGGCAAGAGAAGUGUCCUGUGGUUGUUUGGGAACAUCUACCCCGGCCCUGUUCCUGAUGCUGGCCACCCACAGGGCCUGAUGAGGACUGGUACUAUAUCCCUGCCCUUGUUUCUCUUGCAUUCCUGCAUGACAAAACCCCUGAUCCCCAGGCCUAGAGCUGCAUUGUCCAAUA